ACACGACAGACCGGGAGAACGAGUCAGCCGAAUCAAGACUGUAAACAAUGAAUUUCAGUACCGUAUGUGUUGCUGUGGCGUUUGCCUGUGUCAUCGUAUCUACAAUGGCGAACAGUGCAGAGAACAAAGAUGCGGCAGUGAUUGGACCGGACAAGGGCCACGACGCCAUCGACCACUUUUGCAAAACGAUGGAUGAUCUGGGAUAUUCCGAUGCUGAAAAGACCCUGACGGAUUCAGUGAACGCACUCAGAGCAAACAACGAGAAUAACAACGAUAAGGCAGUGGAAACUAUCCUGCAAAUUCUUGCAGUCAGUCACAUUAAAUACUGUAACGAACUUGAGGCCGCAGAGAAACAAGAGUAGGAAAACCACGCUGUUCCACAGACAUGCAAGAUACCAAGUCGAAUUCUCGAAAUCGCGUCACUUGCAACCUGAAU